AUGGCUGCAGUUCACUCUCAGACCCAAGGCUCUCAUCAUUUGCGUCCUCCCCUAGCUACUGGUUCUUACCAACGACCCGACAUGUACGCUCUACCUCCACUAGGACCUCGAGUAGCCUAUCGAGCCGCCACCCCGAGGCAGCGAACAGCCAUAGCCUGCCUUUAUUGUCGCCGUCGCAAGAUUCGUUGCUUCGUUUUGGAGAGCUCCUCUAAUGGACGCUGCACCCACUGCGUCCGGUUCAAUCAGGAAUGUAUCUUCAAACCCGUGUCUUCCCAAACGCAAGCAUUUGUUCUCGCUCAUGCAGCGUAUUCUCAUCCUCGUCCGCGGGCUCAGGAGGGACGUGAUGGUUAUCCCGGAGAUAAAUCUGUUUUGAAUGGUGCUCAUGGGCAGUCUCUUCCACCUCAAGACCCAGUUAUGGCCGAAAGGGCACUUCCACCACUACAGGGUGCUUAUUAUCAUCCUCAUGGUUGUUUUCACGUUGAUAAUCGAAUUCUGCCUCCUCUGCAGCACCAAUUAUUUCAGGAUCAAUGUCAGCGAGGAGGUUGGCGCAGCUCAGGAGCAGCGCUCGUGUAUCCUGAACCGAUUAAUUUAGCACCGGUUUCCACGGGCCCUCCUGCAACAGGAUAUUCUUUAGACUCAUAUUAUCACUCUCCACCGCCACCAUCAUUUCAAAUGGUGCAACCUGUAAUUACAAAACAAAACGAAUUUUGGCAAGGUGGGAAGGAAGACCAAUCCCCAAACCGUAAACUCACGAAGAGGCCUGCUCUGCACGAAAAGAGCGCUAAUAUGGAGUCAACAAAUGGAUUCAAAUUCGCUACCAAGAGGAAGAUUCCGAGGGGUCAAAAUAAACUAUCUAAAUACUAUGAGGCUCAAAACUUUGGGCCAAAAAAGGCCCGGAUCAUGCCGUUAAACCGGUAUUUGAACAAGAUAGGCGCAUCAGAGUCCGAUAUUUGCGCCUGUACAAGCGAGCAAGACAGUGGAACAAUUCCCAUUCCGCUACACGAGAUGGAUAACAAUGGGAGGAGGUAUGAACUAAAGCACAAACUCAAAAUGAGGAAAUCUAUCCUUCUUCUUAGGGGAAAAUCGCGCUCGGAUCCGGAUCUUUGGCAAUCAGAUAUGAAGGCCGCCCAUGCAAUCUUGCUGCGGCCGCCGAAGAUAGGCCACCGCACACUUUGGAGAAGAUACAUGUACGUUGAGAUAUACCGCUUAAGAUUGCUACAUACAACCCAAAACUUCCAAGUUCCUAGUCCUCAUUCCAAAAUAUCCGUCUCCAAGUAUUUCACUUGA